GUUCAUCUCCUUCUUCUAAUCCUUUGCCUUUCUUCUCGACUUUCUUACUUACUGGGGUACGCACCUUUUGAGCAUUUACUCUUCUGCUACUACGGAAGACUUCCUCUCAGGGCAUCGGGGCCAUCUUCUCCUCACGCCUCUCCUUGCAUCGGACAGCCCGCGUCCGGCUGCUUGCUUCAUCGCCGCUCUUCCCUGCCUCAGAGGCUACCUCUUGCCGCUUGUCCUUUGCGGCCGCAAACUCCUUGCAAGAUUGCCGGCGUGCCUGGGCGAACUCUUUGCCAGUAGCUAGCAGAUACUGAGCCUGCGCUGUAGCCCCGACAUACAGAUCUGCGGAGCGCCCUGAUCUGAAUUGAUCUGCAGAAGACUCAGCCAGUCAGUCAUUCGGUCGGUCGGUCGGUCAAUCGCUCAGGGCUAUAAAGACCAAAGGGGCAGCCUCUCGUCCUUGCCCAUCCCUUUCUACCCUCUCACACCACGCCCCAGGCCACACUCAUGGCUCCGGCAUUGGACCUCUCUUCCUCCUCCUCCACUGCCUCUAUCCGUACUGCCCUCGAUGAGGGAAUUCGCCAGGAGCAGGAUCAAUCAGAAGAGGCGGCAUGUCCUUGCUUGAACGUGAGGGUAAAAUAUCAUGCGGGAAGUGAGGAAGGAGGAAAAGUCCGCUUGGCAGAGGAAGAUGGAGUUGUUGUCGCACUCCCCUCCCUAGUCGGCAAGGAGCUGGCCCAGGUCAGCGCUCUCGGAGCCUCAUCCCUACCUCGUACAGCGCUGAGAUGCCUACACUGCUCCACCUCCGUCUAUGCCGUCGAGAAGGCACUCUCUGCUGGACCUACGCGAUCUGUUGGCUUCAGAUCUGCUAGCGGCAGCGGCAAUGCUCCCUCUGUCACCUCAAGUCCAUCUGCAGAGCUAAGGAAAGCCACUCCAUCGACAAAAGACGUCCUCGUGAGACCGCAAGAUGGCUUCAUCUACCUUCUCCCGGGCUCGAUUGGGGCGGAUGAAAUCAGAGAGGCUGAAGUCGAUGAUGCUUUCUCGCCCAUCUACGGUGUUUCUGUCUCUUUGGUCUCGCCUCCUGGAUCAUCAGCGAUGCUUUCAGAGAGCUCAUCUUCGGGUAGGCCAUCUUUUGCAAAGGCUCAGCAUCGUCAGUCAUCCUACGGUCAAUAUACGUCUGCAAGUCAGUACGGACUCCAGGGUCUCCCAAACCACAUUGUCAUUUCUCCCAGUGCCUCUCCUCGCGCCCGUUCGCCGUCGAACAGCAUGUCUGCCAGUGUCAGUGGUGGCUGGAUACCACCUACGGGGUCUUCCUCAUCGAGCAGUCCUACACCUUCGCCUCUCGCGACACAACUAGACACAGCUGCUCUGGACAGUCUGCGACAGUGGCGGACGGCUGCUGAGCAGGAGAUCGUCCAGAUGGUUCGAGCCAAGAGACGGGAGUUCGAUGAUUUGAUCAAGCGCGCUAAAGUAGAAGGAGAGGCUAUGCUGGAGAGAGUCAAGACCGCCCCUGCCCCCUCACCAGCCACUGCUCUGAUGACAGCUCCUUCAUCUGUAGAGACGAGGGGUAGAAGUAACGGGCGAAGCAAGGACGGUCGAUCUCGGGAUUCUUCGCUUGCAGCUCCUGAGAGGAGCGCUGAUGACCGGUCUUCGUCUGAGGCUGCUAUUGCCGCUAACAAGGCGUCCCAAGAAGCAUCCCGCGAAGCCUCGCGAGAGCCCUCUCGAGAGGCAUCGCCUACACUCUCUGACGAAGCCUUCCAAAGAAGGCCAACUCAGCUUUCCUCUCGUCACGCGAUCUUCAACAAUGGUGGUGCUGGCGCACACAUUUCGUCGUCACUCUCCGCCCUCAGCGCGUCUUUCGCCAUGCGGGGUAGGGAAGCGCCAAGCGCCAUGGAUGACUGGGCUCAGAAGCGCAGGCUGAAAGAGCGCUACCCCGAGGGCGAUCACUCUGUCAUGACCUCGGCGGCUACUUCGGCAGCAAACUCUUACAGCGACCAGGGUCAUCUGGCAACUCGGGAAGAGGUCGAAGAGGAGGAAAGGAGAGGCAGAGGGAGAGAGCGUGGACCUCGUACGGACAGUCCUGCAAAGGCUGGCUCAACUGCAGAGGCCGGAUUGGGCUCGACGCCUGUGCAGAACAUCGGAUCUGCAAUGGUCGCCCCUGGUACUGUCUCUCGACCUACAAUGGCUCCUUCGUCACUGAGCGUCAAGCACUUUACGAAGCGACCAGCCGUCAUCUCUGUCGAUACUGGCGCAUCGGCAGAUGCAGACACGCCUCGUCCUGGUGGUCCCCUGGGAGGUCUCGCUUCCCCUUCUGCGGACAUCCAUCUCAGACCUCGCAAUCCUCCCCCUCGCGGUGCAGAGGCACUGAAGCCUGCCACUCGAAAGAGCAGGGAGGCUCAGCCGAAGGGUGGAAGCAAGGAGAGGGCGGAACGUAAAGCGGGUGCUGGCGCGGGAGAGAAGAAGGUGGCCUUUGCUGAGACGACUGAUCAGGCGGCGAGUAGAAAUUACUCUGACAGUGAAGAAGAAGAAGAGAAGGAGCUCGUUGACGAAAGAGGUACGGCUGUCUUUGACAUCGAUGAAGAGCUUGAUGGAGAGGAUGAAGCCAAGACCAAGGAGGGAUCGCGUACCGAUGCCGUCAAGGGCGCUGCUGAAACUCUGCUGGAACAGGAGAGUCAGAGCGAGUCCACAAUGUUGGACGGACCGGAAGAAGGCACAGACCUCGACGGAAGUGAUGAGGAUGGCAGGAGUGACUUGGACGAAGACGAUCUGGGCGGCAUGAGAGCUAGCGUCGGUGCUCGUCAAGCUGGAUCUUUCGCAGCUCUGGCAGAAUUUGGUCGAACGCGAGGAAGAGGCCGCAGCUCAGCCUCAGGCGCUUCACACGCAGCUGCAUUCGAUCCAGCAAGUAUCCGCUUGGACGGUAGGGUCGUGGUUCCCGGCGAUAGCUCACCCAAGAAACGUUCCGACAGCCGCAGUCGAGAAGAAUCACACGAUGUACCCCUGGUCCUUCCAUCAAGCGACUACGAUGGCAACAGCACCAGCGAUAAACGGCGUGGCUCUGAAUGGGACCGAAGGAAGACGGCCAUCGGUUACAGGUCUACCAUUGGAGAUGCCGAGUUGCGCUUGAGCGGACUGCUUGCUCCCCACGCUCCGUCACAUCGACGCUUGUGGAUCAAGGAACGCAGGAAGAACGAUGAGAAGUACAUCUCUGCGACCGACGAACUUGAGGAGAAGGGCGCAAGCGGGAGCAGCAGUGAUGGGGAGGACAAGGACAAGCAGUGGUUUGCCUGGCAACAGCGAGCCAAGCAGAUCGAAGAUGAGGCUGCGAAGCGCCACCGAGACCUCGUCAGCAACACGGGUGCUGCAGGCCUCUUGGCCUCUUCGAUGCCUGCCGAUCGGGGAUCUGGCGCGGUAGGUAGCGUGGGCAUUCCAAUGUCUCGUCAGGGCACUAGUGGGACGACAGGCGCUGGUUCCACGACUGUCUACGAUGCUACAUCUGGGUUCGAUCGAGAGCCAAAGACUUCGCUACCCUAUCAGGAGCGCCAGAUGGUGCCCUCACUGCGCAAAGCUACCAGACUUCAUCCAAGCACCUCGGGAGCUCUGCUAUCUCGUCGAUCGAGUCAGCUGCCCACAAUUCCAGACGCCGAGGUGGGCGAGAGUUCCACUCGGCCCGCGGCCACUUUCCAGCCUAGCCGGCCUCUUCCUACCUCGAGAGUCAGUGGGACGGGCUCAAGAGUGGCCUCUCCCGAAUCUACAAGCCGGGGUACUGGCAGUGCUGCUGGUGCCUUGCCGGGUAGCGUAGUGACAAAGGGCUUUGGCCCGGGUAGCAGUAUUUCCCCAGCAGGUCAAGUCACUUCCCAGCCGCAGGUAGUCGCUCCGCAGCCUGUCGUGUCGAACAAGGAUCACCGAGGUAUUGGAUUGGGUCUUGGCCUCGGCCCUGGAGUCGGCAGCGCAGCUCAAUCUCCUCUGCUGGGAGUCGAUUCGGGCACCGCGACAGGACACUCCACACCAGGUUCUAGAAGUCCUGGAGGCUCUGUACGUCGCUCUCCCCGCCCACCCUACAUUCCUCCUCCGCCACCUACCUCUGCAUCUAUUGUUUUGCAGCCAGAUCCGCUCAUGAAGCCUUCCCCGCUCAACCUCUUCAAGACGGCUCCUGAUAUGCGCUUCGCCUACAACGAAGAGGGUGAAGAGGAAGAGACGGAUUGGACCAAGGUGCUGAGCUUCAUGCAUCGCGUCGAGCAGCUCAAGACGAACAAGCGCACUGGCUGGAUCCACCAUCGUGUGCCCCUCGUGGAGAGCAUCGCGGACCACAUGUACCGCAUGGCGAUCCUAGCCAUGCUCUGCCCCAAUGGCAACAACAUCGACUUGGCAAAGUGUGUCAUGCUCGCCCUCGUGCAUGACUUGGCCGAGGCAGAAGUGGGCGAUCUCACACCCCUCGACGGAGUCAGCAAAGAGGAAAAGACUCGUCGCGAGGGUGAAGCCCUAGCCUAUCUGGUUCACGACCUUCUAGGUUCCAGCCCCGCCGGUCUACGCAUCGAGUCCCUCUGGCACGAGUACGAGGAUCGACAAACCCCCGAAUCCCUCUUGGUCAAAGAUCUCGACCGUUUCGAGUUGUUACUCCAAGCCGUCGAGUACGAGGGGAGGUACGACAUUGUGGAUCUACAACCCUUCUUUAGUUGUGCGGGAGACAUUGGUCAUCCGAGGAUUAGGAAAUGGGCAGUAGAGUUGGCGAGGGAGAGGGAGGAGAUGUGGAGAAAGAAGGGACCACAGUGGGCUUAUACACAGACGGUGCAGGGGAGCGUUACUGGUCAGGACGUCGAGGGUGAAGAAGGAGGAGGGGAGAAAGAGAAGGGGGGAGAGGCAAAGGUAGAAGUAGGCAAGAGGGAUUGAGAGGCCUACUACGCUGAGCGUUCUUUCUGCGGGAUACUUUGAUCACCUCGCUUCAGUCCUGCUAUACAAUUUGUACCUCUUUUCAUCCACACCAAUUCUCGCUCUUCAUCCAAAGUAUCAGCAAUGCAGCACAUCACACAAUC